AAACCCACUCCCACGCCAUAACCGUCACCUCUCUCUCUCUCUCUCUCUCUCUCUCUCUCUCUCUCUUCACUUGUAUAUAACUCCCUCCGGUCUCCAUCUUCAUCUCCGUCACAGGGCAGGUAUCAGAGCUGUUUCCGAAGAGGAUCGCCAUGGAAAUGCUAGGGAAAACCAUUGGCAGCCUCGGUCACGCGGGUGGUAGCGGAGGAAACUCGAGCAUGAAACCGCCAAGACCAAUGCCGGUGAAGCGGAAGCGGGGUAGAAAGGGAGCUGAUGACCGGGGAAAUAAUGGAAGUGGGGAUCGUGAGAACUCGAUUGACUGCAAAACAGUUGCUGGGGGUGGUGGUACUGAGGAUGAUGCAGAGCUUGAGACUCACAUAUGGACGGAGAGGGAGCGCAGGAAGAAGAUGAGGGACCUGUUUAACAAUCUUCAUGCUUUGCUUCCUCAUCUCCCUGAUAAGGCAGAUAAAUCCAGCAUAGUAGACGAAGCCGUGAGCUACAUAAAAACACUGCAACAGUCCGUCGAAAUUCUGCAACAGCGAAAGCUCGAGAGGCUCCGGGGCACUGCUACCACCUUCAACUGUGGAAGUAGCCUAGCUGUUGAACCAUCAUGGGAACCGUUUGUGGGCGGUAAGGAGUUGCCGCCGCCCGUCGGAGAGAAUUCGGAAGCUUACUCGCAUUCAUACGAUUACAAAAUCCCAACAAGUCCUAUGAUAUCUCUGGCUGAUUGUAACUACUCUCACUUUAGGACAUGGCUUGCGGGGAAUGUGGUGGCGAGCAUGUGCGGAGACGAUGCGCAUAUCAGUGUGUGUUCGCUCAAGAAGCCGGGGCUGCUGACCACCAUUUUCUACAUACUGGACAAGCACAAGCUUGAUGUGAUCUCUACUCACAUUUCAUCUGAUCAGUAUCGUUGCAUGUAUAUGAUCCAUGCCCGCGGUGCUGGUGGGUCGUCUAAUCAAAUUCAAGAGGCAUCGACGGUGGAGGAAGUAUUCAAGUUGGCAGUAGAGGAAAUGAGUUUAUUGCUCUCCUCAUAUUGAUAUUCACAUAGCCUAAGUUGGUAAAGAACUAGAGUAUAUAGGGUAAGAUGAGAAACCUAUGGUUCAAAUCUUAUUCUCAUGAAAUAAAGAUUUUAUUUUUAUUUUUAUAUUUAACCCUUUUCUCAAUGGAAGAUUUAUGUAGAAAAUUAUGUACGAUGAAAGGGUUUGGCACUUUUCAACCCACCUUCUAUGAAGACUUCUCAAUAAGUGAACUCAUUGCUAUGCAUCCAAUAGUACUACUUAUUAUUUUGAGUGAA